AUGGCAAGAGUUUCCAACAUGACAAAUCUACUCACUUUAAAACUUGAUGGCAAUCUCUUCACAAGACCCUUCCCAAUCACUCCAUCAAGUGUUCCCUCACUCUUGCUUCUAGACAUAAGUAGGAACUUCAUGUCAGGCAAUAUCCAAGAUUGGUUGUCAGCUUUCCCAAGAUUGGUCUCACUCCUUAUAAGAGAAAAUCAAUUUGUUGGUUUUCUUCCAACGGCAUUGUGUCAGAUGCAACAAUUACAUUUUUUGGAUCUAUCAAAUAACCAUCUUUCUGGAAGCAUACCUUCUUGCUUCAACAACAUGACUUCAUGGCUGGAAGAAGUUGAAGUUCUAAAUUUUGGAAAAGUAGUUUGGGCGAUCAAUUUCAAGGAGGUUUAUACGUUCAAAAUAAAUUUUGCCACAAAGGGAAAUUUUUACUCAUACGAGGGUGUUCCACUUCGUCAGAUGGAAGGGAUCGAUUUAUCUCUAAACCAAUUAACUGGUGAGAUUCCAUCUCAAUUUGGAGAACUGAGAGCCUUACGUUCAUUAAACCUUUCUCACAAUUCUCUAGUAGGCAAUAUUCCAGAAUCCUUUCAAGGGUUGGAAAAGUUGGAGAGUUUAGAUCUCUCCCACAACAAGUUGGUGGGAAAGAUCCCCCCUCAAAUGAUUCAACUCGAUUUUCUUUCUUUUUUCAAUGUGGCCUUCAAUCAACUCUCGGGCAAGAUCCCAUACGAGAAGCAUUUUGAUACUUUCAACAAGGAUAGCUACAUUGGUAAUCCAAGACUUUGUGGACCUCCAACUGAAGUCAAUUGUUUAUCACCUCAGCCACCCCACAGUGAAUACAAGGAAGGUGAUGCUGAUGAACAAAGUCUGAUCGACAAUGACUUAUUCUUCUAUUCAUGUGUGGCUAUUUCUUACCUCUUGGGAUUCUGGGCUGUUAUUGCUCCUCUCCUUCUGAGCAGAAAUUGGCGUAGGAAAUAUUACAGAGUUGUAGAUGGAUGCAUUGAUAGGUGUAGUGAGAGGCUCUUCUGGUGUUUGUUUUAUAUAAAAAACCAUUGGUAA